AUGUUGAAGAUAUGGUCGAUGAAACAACAGCAGCAGCAGGCGGAAAAUGCCGAGAGCGCAGCAGGCAAGAAGAAGAAGAAGGUCACGGCUGCGCAGCUACGGGUGCAACGAGAUCUCCAAGAGCUCACCCUCGGGAGCACCAUGAAAAUGUCAUUUCCCAACCCCGACGAUAUUCUCAACUUUACCCUGACCAUUGAACCGGACGAGGGCAUGUACAAGGGUGGUAUCUUUAACUUCAGCUUCUCCGUCAACCAGAACUUCCCCCACGAUCCGCCGAAGGUGAAGUGUACGCAGAAGAUUUACCACCCCAAUAUCGAUCUGGAGGGCAAUGUCUGCCUGAACAUCCUGCGCGAGGACUGGAAGCCGGUGUUGAACUUGAACGCGGUCAUUGUGGGCAUGCAGUUCCUCUUUCUCGAGCCAAAUGCAUCCGAUCCUCUUAAUAAAGAGGCUGCAGACGAUCUCCGUACCAACCGUGACGCUUUCAAACGGAAUGUGCGCUCCUCCAUGGCCGGCGGGUCCGUCCGAGGAAAUGCCUUCGAGCGAGUACUCAAAUAG